AAUUAAAAAAAAAAAAAAAAAAGAAAGUAGUCAGCUUUGCCCUCCGCGUUCUCUCGGAGAUCUACUCCAAAAAUCCAAAGGUUGGAGUUUGUGAAAUCCUAAAGGGAGGGAGAUGCCAAUUUAAAGAAGCAGAGAGAGAGAGAGAGAGAGAGAGAGAGAGAGAAGCGGCGGGGAAGCAGAGUUAUGGGCGGGUUGUGUUAGUUAGUUUCAUUGCCAACUUCCUUUGGGCUUCUUCUCAACUCAACUGCAUUGGGAGAAGUUGGCAGCUGCACAUUUGCCUCGUCUAGACAAGGAAUUUAAUAUAUCCGGAGCAUUGAUCUCGUGCAUUCUCAUGUUGAUAUAAGUACAAUUUCGAUGGGGAGGAAGAUUCUAUAUAUGCCUAAAUAGAUGGGACAUUCACAUUUAGGGAUGUGGUAACUGAUGGAUUGGGCGGUACCAUCUACAUUGUUAUUGGUCAAUAUGGUCCUCAAUGCAUAUAUAGGCCCUACAACUAAAACAUUUGUGCUCGACACCGAUACAAAUACGUGGAGUGACUUCAUUUCAUUUACCAGUUCCUAAGGUUAACAAGGGACAGGCUGCACCAGACUUCACGUUAAAGGAUCAGAACGGAAAGCCGGUGAGCCUCAAAAAGUAUAAAGGGAAGCCUGUUGUUCUCUACUUCUACCCUGCAGAUCAAACCCCUGGCUGCACCAAACAGUCAAAAGUCGAACCUUGUCGUCACACAUAACAAUUCUUGGUUAAGAAUUUGGAGCAGUAACUAGCAAUGAGAGCUCUUUUACUAUUAUUUGAGCUGGUUCCAUAUCGAAAUACAUCGCCGUCCUUAUACUGGCAGGCAACACUUUUAAGGAGAGGCUGUUAGCUCGUUUCUGUAGAGAGAAGCUAGCUGAGAGAUCCUUGUCAGCCUUUCUUCAUGGUGGAAACAUACUGAUUCAAGAAUCUGAUAAAUAUAUCGUCAAGUUUUAUGAAGCACCUCGCAGAAAAAGAAUAUGAUAUCAUGGCCAGAAGUGGUAUUGCCAGUGUUCUCUGAGUGCUUGUUACCUGAAAUCUCUUCUCUGCCUACUGAGUGAAGAUUUAUCCUUUUUUCCUUUUCUUGCACAAAGAUCUUUGUACGUAUUGCCGUCGGCUACUUAUAGUAUUGCAGGCCCACAAGCCCAAUUUUCAGCUGAAUCUAGGACGAAGAAAGCUCACAAUAGAAGGUGAGUCGGUGAGGCACACAAGAUUACUAGGGUUUUCGUUUUUCAUACACACACAGCACUAGAUUACAAGGGUUUUAUUAUAUCUGAGCAACCGAUUUGAAACUUUUGUUGCACGGUAUCAUAUCUCCAAGUUAUCUAAAAACUCUCUGUUUAAAGAGCUAGUGAUGAAGAGGAGGAACAUAAUAGAUCUUCCGGAGGAUUUGCUGGUAGAGAUACUCUAUAGGCUUCCCAAGGCUUUUGAUCUGGACGAUGUACCUCAAAAGGAUGGAACGCUCUUAUCACAAAAUAUAAGAGACCUGCGAACAAGUCUCGGAUCAUCAUGUUGAUUGAUUUUAGGGUUUAUUCAGCGAGUAUUGAUCUCAGUGGAGUUCAAGACGAAAACAACGUUGUAAAGGUAACAAGACAAUUAAGUCUCAAAGAUCCUCUUUCUACUUCUCCUAAAGAAGUCGAUAUUCGUGAAGUAUUUCACUGCGACAGCAUAUUGCUAUGCACCACCGAGGACGAUAGACUUGUGCUUUGGAAUCCAUGUUCAGGUGAAAAAACCAGGUGGAUGAACAACCCCGUAGGCCAUUCCUUGAAGAAAUAUAAUUACUACGCUCUCGGUAAAUCCUCCUCCUCCAACAAGUACAAAAUCUUGAGGAUUCGUCAACAUGGAACUGGUAUACUUAAAUGCCUAGUUGAGUACGAAAUCUAUGACUUUACCUCUCAUUCUUGGAGGGUUGUGGGUGAGACUAGCGACUGGUCCAUUCACUGGUUGAUGCAUCGUGGCAUGUCUGUGAAUGUAAAUACUUACUGGCUUGCCUCUAGUCAUAUUCCAGACUCGCAAAAGGAUUUCUUAUUAAGUUUUGAUUUCUCAACAGAGAGAUUCCAAAGUAUGUCUCUUCCAGUUGAUGAUUUUUCUUAUGAUUUUAUGGCUUUAUCAGUUACUAGAGAAGAGCAUAAACUUUGUCUGUUAGGUAAGAGAUAUCCUUACAAUGAUACACAUGUAUGGAUAGCAACUAAGAUUGAGAGUACCGGAGCCAUGUCAUGGAGCAAGUUCCUAACACUGAAACGGUCGAUUUAUCGCCAGCUUAUAUUAUGUAGUGGGAUGAAUUUCUUGGCCGAUCCGGAGAAUAACGUAUUAGUGUGUCCUGGUAGACAACAGAACUCAAACAGCUUCUUACACAUUUUCGGAAAAGAUAAACACAUGGGAGUGGAUCAUCAUGAUGCAGGAUCUAAAUGCUUACUCGUCUGUUAUGUUCCAACCUUAGCUCAAAUCCAACAAGGUUCUUAAUUAGGCCAGGCGCAAAGAAAGCAACAAUCACGUGACUUGUAAUAAUAUUGUGACACCAGUUUAAUUAUGCAUUAUCUAUUCACAUGGUUUUCGUGAUAUUUAA